AUGACUUCAAUUCCGUCAACUCAGUUUAUCAAAACAUCAACAUUCACGAUAUUGUUCACCAAACUAAUAAAACCCAAUUGGGUUCAUUUUUCGAAACGAAUAUCCAAUAAAAAAUUGCACCAUACUUCAAUAAUGUCUACAGACUUAGUGUUUGUCAAAGAAAUCUCAGCUACGGCAAUUACAGGAAAAGAUGCAUGGAAUAGACCAUCACCACAACCCAUCACCAUAUCUGUCUCAUUAAACACUGAUUUCCAUAAAGCAUCCAUCACUGAUAACUUGAAAUAUAGUGUCAAUUAUGCUGUUUUAACGAGACAUAUUUCAGACUUUAUCAAGUCAAAUGAACACAAGAAUUUCAAGUCGUUGGGAAGUAUUGCGGAAGCUGUAUCUCAAUUAGCCCUCGAUGAAAAGAGUGGAGGAAGCGAAAUUGCAAAAGUAGUGGUAAAGAGUCCGAAAUCAGAGAUCAGGGCUGAUAGUGUCGAAUAUGAGUUGAUUCGUAGUAGGAUUGAUCCAUCGGCCAACACUGAUACUUACAAUGUCACCAAGUUGCGACUUUUGACAAUCAUUGGUGUAUUUACAUUCGAGAGACUUCAGAAACAGAUUGUUGAUAUUGAUUUAAAAAUUAAGAUAAAGAAAGAUGAUCCAAGGUUGGAUUUCCAUAAAGUUGUCCAUGAUAUAGUUGAAUAUGUUGAAUCCUCCAAUUUCAAAACUGUUGAAGCAUUGGUAUUCAAAAUUGGCCAAUUAACGUUUCAAAAUUACCCCAAUGUUGGAAUUGAAUCUGUUGAUGCAAAAGUUACCAAGCCAAAUGCAUUCAGUCAUGUUGAAGGUGUAGGUGUGAGUUCUUUAAUGACACCAAAAAAUUUUACCGACGUUGAACCAUUGGCUGUUGAACAUGUGCUGCAGGAAAAGGGUGACUUUAAUUUACCUGUGGAGAAUGAAAAGGGACAAGGUUACAAGGGUGGACAUGUUGCAUUCAUCGCUAUAGGGUCCAACAUCAAUCAAAUGGAAAACAUCACGAAAGCGCUUGAGAAAUUGAAAACGUAUGAUAUUACUCUUGAAUCCACGUCGUCCAUGUAUAUAUCAAAACCAAUGUAUCAUCUUGACCAACCGGAUUUCUUCAAUGCCGUUGCAAAGGUUUCAUUUGUGGAUCAUUCCCCUCAUAAAUUAUUAGAAAUUUUGAAAGAGAUUGAGUAUCAACAUUUGGCAAGGAUCAAGGAGAUUGAAAACGGUCCACGUACUAUCGACUUGGACAUUUUGCUCUAUGAUAAUGUGCAAAUUAACACCAGUAAUUUGAUAAUACCACAUAAGUUAAUGUUGGAGAGGACGUUUGUUUUACAGCCACUUUGCGAGUUAUUACCACCUGACCAAACCCACCCUAUCAGUGCUGAACCAUUUCAUGAUCAUUUACAACAAUUGUUGACGAAUAAACCGGAAGAUCAUGUUCAAAAAGAUUCUAGCUUGUUGCAAUUUAUACCUGUACCAAGAAUUUCAACUAAAGAUAAUGUCAUGAAAUUCGACCAGAUAAAUUAUAAAUCGCCGACGCUACUUAUGGGGAUCUUAAAUAUGACCCCGGAUUCGUUUAGUGAUGCGGGUAAAUACUACUCAUCCUCAUUAGAUGAGAUAAUUGAAGAGGCUGGCAAACUUGUUCAACAAGGAGCACAAAUCAUUGACAUUGGAGGGGUUUCAACCAGACCUGGGAGCCUGGAGCCAUCAGAGAAGGAGGAGAUUGAACGCGUACUCCCUCUCGUUAAGAAGAUUAGAGAGUCGACGGACCCUUCUUUGGCCAACGUGUUGAUAUCUGUCGAUACUUACAGAUCCAACGUCGCAAAACAAUGUCUUGAAGCAGGCGCCGAUAUCAUCAACGAUAUAUCAAUGGGCAGAUACGACGAACAUAUAUUCCAAGUAGUGGCAGAGUACGGCUGUCCCUAUAUCAUGAAUCACUCCAGAGGAACUCCACAAACAAUGUCCAAGUUGACAAAGUAUCAACCAAACAAGAAUGACGACAUAAUAGAGUAUGUAAUAGAUCCCAAAUCAGGACAACAAGAGAGCUUAAACAAUCCAGAGUUGAACAAUUUCCUCAACGGUGUUUCGCGCGAGUUAUCUCUUCAAAUAUUGAAGAGUUUCCGAGCUGGUGUGAAGAAAUGGCAGGUUAUAUUAGAUCCUGGAGUUGGAUUUGCAAAAGAUUUGAAUCAAAAUUUAGCAAUUAUAGCCAAUGGAUCAUUUUUCAAGAAGUAUUCGAUCCAGGUCAAUCUGCAAAACCAAGGAGAUCCACUGAGCCAAACUCAUUUGCUGACUUAUCUCAGCUUCAAUGGUAUGAGUGUAUUGAUUGGUACGUCGAGAAAGAAAUUUUUGGGAACCGUAACUGGCAAAGUAGACUCACCUUCGGAUCGUGUUAUGGCUACAGCUGCUACAGUUACUUCAUCCAUUGAACAACAUGCUGAUUUCGUUAGAGUUCACGAUGUUGAUAAAUGCAAAGACGUUGUUAUUACCAGUGAUGCAAUCUACAAAGACGUUUUCUAA